AUUACUUGGUGCAACAAAAAACUUCAAGCUAUACUUUGAUGGUCAACAUUAUGUUGCAGACAAACGCUUCGACACCGUGCACGACUUGGUGGCCGAUGGCCUCAUCACCAUGUACGUGGAGACAAAAGCGGCCGACUACAUCGGGCGCAUUGAGUUCGAGGAACCCAUCUAUGAUAAAUACUCCAAACAAGCUACGUUUAUGAGGCCGCAGGUGGGGAGUAAUGGCAGUACACCACACAGCAUGCCUCCUGAUUCGCCACCAGGCCCUCCCAUUGGACAUCAAAUGGUUGAUGGUAGGAAUCUAAAACCAACUCAAGGUCCCAUUACUGUUGAAAAGGAUCAUGUCUUCAAGGUGCACACAUUUGUAGGUCUUAAUUGGUGUAUGUUCUGUGGUAACUUCCUGUGGGGUCUGAAGAGUCAAGGAGUCAAAUGUACAGAUUGUGGUCUAAGUACCCACAAGCAAUGUUCAAAGAGAGUACCAAGAGAUUGUACACCCGACCUUAGACUGAUCAAGAGAGUUUACAGUGUUGAUCUCACAACCUUAGCCAGAGCACAUGGUGUUAAUACAUCGAUUGUAGUAGAGCGAUGUGUCGAGGAGAUCGAAAGCAGAGGUCUCGAGGUGGAAGGUCUAUAUAGGAUACCAGGCAUGCAAGACGACGUUGAGCUUAUCAGACAGAGAUUUGAUAAAGAUGGUAUGGUGGCACGCAUCGGAUCCAAAGAGUUUCCUGAUACCAACGCUAUCUCAGGAGCCAUGAAGCUUUACCUCAGGGAGUUACCUAUUCCAUUGGUGCCGUUCAAGAUGUACCAUGCAUUCAUGGAAGCAACCAAAAAACAAAAUGUCCAUGAGAAAGUUGAUUCAUUCUGUAAUGCCUUAGAUGAGCUCUACCAAACAUUCCCUGCUCACUACCACACACUAAAGCUUCUUAUGGCUCAUUUAGUCAGAGUGUCCCAGUUACACGAAGAGAACAAGAUGAAUGUAGAAAACCUUGGUAUCGUCUUUGGACCGACCCUAAUGAGACCGCCCUCUAACCAACCCGUCAUCGAUGACCUCUACAUGCUUCACUUCCAGAAGAAGAGUGUAGAGAUCAUGAUUGAGGAGUUUGACACCCUAUUCCAAAAGUAGAUGUCCAUCUUGAUGCUGAGAAGUGCAUUGAGAUCAUGAUUGAGGAGUUUGACACCCUAUUCCAAAAGUAGAUGUCCAUCUUGAUGCUGAGAAGUGCAUUGAGACAAUGAAUUAGGAGUUUUACGCCAUCUUCCAAAAGUAGAAAUCAAUCUUGAUGCUGAAGGGUACAGAUUUUUCUUCUCAUCGGACAAUCACAAAGUUCCUUGUCAUUAGAGAAUUACAGCUCAAGUUAAAAAUCUACUUGAUUUCAUGACUGACAACAAUGAAUCUGAUGACAAUUUAAUGCAAAUAUAUGAAAAGAGGGAUCUUAAUUUGUUAUAUCCUGACUGGGAUUCGACUUUCUGUUCUAGAAAACAAUUCGAGGCCUGUUUUCUGAACUCUUAAUCUUGAACUCUGGUUAACUUCAAGUCUGGUUCCAAAUGGUUCAAAGAUUUUGGCAGGUCCUAUUGUCUGGCAGUUGCAGUGGACUUCCAAAUUCAAUGCAAGGGGGGGGGGUUAAAUACCUCCCGCCCCCCUAGUUUUUUUAAGCAGAGUUCAGAAUACAGUCCUAAGCCUUCAGAUGUUGAUAUAACAGAAAAUUAACUCUUAAAAGCAAAGUGGUCUCUGCUUGUGAUGCAAGAUGACUUAUCCCAAACCAUCCUAUAUGUUUUGGGGUACUAAAAUACUUCUUGGAGAGAUGCCAUAUUAUGCAUGAUGGUGCAUCCAUUAUGAAGGUGAUACAAAUCUUUUAUAGAAAUAAAAUUGUAUGCUGCUUUUAACCGUCUACUUAGUUUCUUUAGGUCACAGAUGUUAGACACAAAUUUUAGGUCACACUAGAUGCACUGAAAUGCACGCUCAAGUGCUUGAAUAUUAUCAUGUCUUCAAAGUUGAUUGGAUAUUGCAGCUCUUGCAUAAAGAGCAAAUUUUCACGGAAAAGGGGAAGAUUAUUAUACUGAUAGAUUUGGGAUAAUUGUUUACCUUUUGAAUAAUUCAAACUUAAUGAUGUAUCGUCAUGAAUGCCGCAUACUUGCUUGUGGCUAGUAUAUAGCCUUUCGUCCUCCUAUUAGUCAAUGGAUAAACUUUAGGAAUUGGCAUGGUGUGACGGAAAAUAGCAAAAUUUGAUGAGAUUGUUGAGACAUUGUUGAAAAAAAACCCUCCAUUUAUGCUAAUAAAUAUUCAUGGUAUGCAUCAAAUUUUAUUCGAUUAUAGGCAUUAUGAAAAACUGCCAAUCAAGUCAUAUUUACAGUCCUUAAGUUCACACAGGAAUGGCCAUAGCUUUAUAAGCCAAGACAUCUAUUAUUUUUCAAGGAAACCAUCAUAACAUUAAGAACUCUUCUGGCAAGCAUAGCCUCUGUGUGUCACAUGCUGCUGCACUGUAAAGGUCAACAAUUGUUGAUUAUACAUUAGGAAGAGAUGUGGUUAUGCUUCUCACUUGGUCACAAACAAAUUUGUCUACUUUUGACAAAGUUAAUUGACCCCUUUAAUAUUGCAUCUCAUGUAAGAUCAACUCCAUUGAAACCUACAGGGGUGUUCAUACUUGUGAAUGGUUUUGAGGUUUAAUCUUUAAAGUCUAUCCUAUGCAAACGCUGCAGCCUCAUAACUCAGAAAACUUGUGCUUCCUUCGAUACAUAUUCAUCUUUGAAAAAAAUUAUUUUAAAGAAAAAGUUCUUUUGGUAUAAGCCAUAGAUAUGAUUAUGUACCAUGUGGUAUUCUAAACAAAUAUAAUCAAUUUUCAUUUCAUCGGACAAUUUCUACUUUGAUUGAAUUUGACUUCUGUGAUAUAUUUUAAAUUAAUAUUAUCAGAUUUCUCAUAGAUUAUAGUGAGAUGAUAAAGGCAUUGUAACUUAUUACAGACAUUAUUUUAUUGGAAAGAUGUUUGUUGCACAAAUUUUAGUGAUUUCCAUCCAUUUAGUUGAUCUCAGUUUUUCUUCAACUAAAUGUAUAGCUCUUGAGCUUCUAGAUUCUCAUUCCAAAUGUAGUUUUUACCUUUCCAGCAAUUUUUACCAAGUGUGUUUCUUUUUUUCUUCUUUUUUUUUACUGUUCCCUAGGUGCUUAUUUGGACAAUUCAUCUUUGUACCUCUAUUUAUUUAUACAUUUUUGACAAAUCUCCGCUCUGAUAUUAUUACAUCUAUUUUGGUGUUUCUUAGCAAUCUUCAUUUACUUGCAUGUAAAUGUGAUGCCUUUGGGAAAUCGUGCAAAAGACAUCGAUUCUUAAUCUAGAUUAAAAAUGAUCUCGGUUCAGAAUCAAUGCAAUCAUAGAUUUAUGUCUUCACCGUAGUCAGGAAUAGCAUGCAUACAAUCUUUAAACUUGUCUGUCUGGUGUGAUGUUACGUGUCAAUGUUUUCCAAGUCUUUAUCUACAUAAUUAUCAAAUAAGAUUAGUCAUCUGUCCAUUUCAAACCAGGAACAGUUUUUGUCAUUUGGUUGAAGGUGCGUUGUUGACACCCUGCUACAUUAAUGGUUUAAUAACUCAGUGUUUAAACAUUUUUAGUUAACACCUUUCUGUGAUAGAGUGUUAGGUAUCGGUGUUUAAGAUGCGAGUGUAUGAACACCAAAGUUGGUUAUCAGUGUUAA